AUGGAGGAGAGCAUGGAUCUGCGAUUAGGGUCCAGCGCUCAGGCCAGCCUGAAGCUGAGCACGUUCACAUUGGCACAACUGUAUGCAACUCCAACGAGCGUGCGCACUGCGCUCAUCACGGGCAGCUUCGAUGCUCGACCCAUCGGCUUCACGGCUGCUCGUCUACUGAUUCAGCAGCACGACUUCAAUGUGAUCCUCAGCGGCCGGCGCGCCCAAGCUGUGCACGAAGCGGUUUCGAAGCUCAAAGAGGAGCUUGCUUCGUCCUCUUUUGACGCCAGGGUGCACGGUCUCGUUCUCGACGUCGAUGAUCAAAGCUCGAUUGAUUUGGCGGUUUUGCAACUGUUGGAUCCGUCCGGCCCGCUGCUCGGUGGCGCGUUGGAUGUGCUGAUCAACAAUGCCGGUGUAGGGGCUCCGCCCGGCCGCGGUGGCAAGGGAUCCAACGUCCUGUUCCUUCAAACCGAACUGACCACUUCGGCCGACAUGGUCGAUGUGUUCACCACCAACGUUGCUGCACCGGUCGCAGUGACCAAUGCGCUGCUACCGCUGCUUUCCAAAUCCGACCGUGCAAGGAUCGUCAACGUUUCGUCGGCACGAGGCUCACCGGCCUUUGGAAGCGGUCUGGAAGCGGAAAGGACAGGUGCGAUGGUGUACAAUGCGUCCAAAGCAGCGCUGAAUAUGGUCACGCUCAUGCAGGCCAAGAAUCUGCCGCAGCAUAUCGGUGCGAAUCUCAAGGUGAAUGCCGCUUCGCCGGGGCAUGUCAAGACACCGUUCAACAACUUUACGGGGCUGAGGUCGUUGGAGGAGGGUGCGGCGGUGUACGUGCACCUCGCCACGCUGCCAGACGAUGGUCCUACGGGCCAGCUGAUCGGCAACCAUGCGCCAUUCUCCACGGACGGUUCAUUCGUCCAGAUCCCGUGCUCGGGGCAUGAUGGAUUGCAGCUCGACAACCACCAUCAGAGGGAGCGAAGCAAGAAAGCGGCGUUGAGGUCCACAAUCAUGUCGCAAAAGGGACGCGGAAAGGGCAAGGGCAAGGGCCCCGAGCUGACGUUCGACGAAAAGGCAAGGGCCGAGUAUCUGACGGGCUUCCGCAAACGAAAGCAGGAGCGCAAGCAGGCGGGUCGUGAGUAUCUCGCCAAAAAGGCCAAGGAAGAGCAGCUGGUGGCACGCAAGGAGCUUCGACAGGCGCGCAAGGAGAAGGCUGCCGAGAAUGUGCGCGAGGCACGCAAGGCGUACGGCCUCGAAGCCGAGGGCGAAUCCGAUCUCGACGCCGACGACGCAUCCGACGACGAGCAGCUCGACGAAGCGGAUGCCGUGCCGCAGAUCCAGGAGGAGGAGUACGAUUCGGACCAGCACCACACGCAUGUCGUCGUAGAGUCGUUCGAUCCGGAGCAAGAGGCGUUUGCCAAAGCCACCGAGAAGGCGCCGGCGACCAGGAUCCCCAAAGCUAAUGGUGCGUCUACCAAUGCACAAUCCAGUGUAGAGGCUCUUCCACCUUCCUCCCGCCGCGUCAACAAAGCUAAGGCCAAUGCGAGUCUCUCCCUCUCACACACUCCGUUGUGUCGCUCCAGCAUGCACGUACUUACCCGCUAUUUAUGUUUCUCUUCCGUUUCUGCAGGCCCAAGCCAAGAAGAAGAUCAUCCACACCAAGAAAAAGAUGUCGCGCAGAAAAGACUCCUCGUCUCGGGGCUCACAGAGUCGUUCUCGAAAGAGGAGCUAGUGCGACGCUUCUCCACGUUUGGCGACGUGCUUGCGCUCGACGGGCUCGGCAAGCGCGACGCCCUCGGCCAGUUCCGUCCGUACGCCUACCUCACCCUGCGCGCACCGCAACAGCAUAUUCAGCGAUGCAUGAAUCUGCUCUCGGGCUCGGUGUGGAAAGGCGCUACGCUGCGCAUCGGCGAGGCCAAGCCGGACUACCAGCAAUGCAUCCAGCAGGAAAACGAAAAGCAAAGGCUCGAGGAUGAGCAACGCACCGCCAAAAAGCCAAGGCGAUUGCCGCCAGGCAUGGGAUUCGAGAGUGCCAGGAUGGAGCCGGUGGACGAGGCGGCCGUGGAGAGUGGGUCGGUGUGGGGAUGGAAGCGUACGCCUGCAGGACAUCUUGUGCGUCCAUUGCGUAUGCGUCCUGCCCAUCCGCUCCCGCGUCCCUCGCGAGCAUCCACUCUCGCACACGCCAACGCCAACGCACAGGAAGAGGACGCCCAGCCCGAAUCGAGUCGAGGCACGCGCGUCAAUCCACGUCCACCCACUCGGGCGCAUCGCAUCACCAUCGAUCCUACGCGCUACGGCGCCAUCCACCUCUCCGGCCCGCUGCUCGAGUCGCUUGCAGCCGAAACGGGCGCGGCCGAGGCGGAUUUCGAUGUGGCCUCGCUCGGAUCGGGCGAAUGGCAGUGCGAAGAGAUCGACGACGACGAGGCAGCGAAUGCAUCGCAUCGUCUCGUGCGCUGGCAGUACGUGGCGAAAGACGGCGUGGUGCUGCACGAGGAGUUCACCAAGCUGCCUGUUCGUGUCGUCGCAGCUGCACACGCUGAUAACGAGGGGGAUGUGGUGGACCAGCUCGACUUUGACCGUUUUGCCGACGAUGCGGACGACGAUCUGUUUGCCGGUUUCGCCUCGACGCUCACUCCUGCCAAGCCGGCGGUGCCAGCACGUGCCGUCGAGAAUGCUGCUGUGGCCGAGGAGGUGGACACGGCGGACAUCGACGACCUCUUCAGUGGGCUGGCGUCGAGCGCAGCGGGUAUGAACGAUCUGUUCUCGGAUCUGCCAUCCGUGCCUGCCAAGCGAGCCAAGGUGCAGCCGCGCGUAGUGUCGACAUUGACGCCCGCAGCGCCAGUUUCGACGCCACCAGUGCCCGCGCCGAUUUCGAAACCGACGCACAAGACAAAGGGGACGUUUGUGCCAGGCCUGGAUCCGGAGGAGGAAGACGCGGCCAACUUUUCCGACGGCUACGACGAGAUCGCCGCCGCCGCUCCUGCAGCAAGGAUGGCAGAUGCGGUCGAGGAGCGACAAAAGACGCUUGCGCUGCUGGGCGAGAUGUUUGGCGCUUCCGACGACGAAGUCGCCCCCGCUGUGGUCGCUGCGCAAGAGGAGCAAGUCGAACUGGAGUCGGAAUCGAGCGAAUCCAGCUCGGAUGCUUCGAGCACAGAAUCGUCAUCGGAAGCGGAGGAUGUCGAAGCAACACCGAGCAGUGACUCGAGCUCGAGCUCGGACGCUGCGUUGGAAGUCGAGUUGCCAGAGGCUGCCGAGGCGCAAGUGGAGGAUGUUGCGAUGCAAGAUGCUGUUGUUGAAGAAGCAGUUCCUGCAGCGAUGGAGGGCAAGUCUCGACGUGCUGCCUUCCUUCGUUCUCUAGCCACACCGGCUGGAUCGACGCAAGCUGGCGGUGGAAGUUAUGUGCCCAUUGCGCGGUUUGAUCCUGCAUCACUUGUGCCCGGCGCAAGCGUCGAAUCAACACCAGUCGCCGAGGUGCACUCCGUGGGCGGGGUUACAGCCACUGCUACGGGAGAGGAUAUCGGAUCCAAAGUCUCCAUGUCGACGCUCAAAGAGAUGUUCCGUCCACAAGAACCUACCGCCUCGGCUGGGUUUAGUCUCGGUCUGGAUAUCAACGACUCGGGCGCGGGAUUUUCACUCCUCGAUUCACUAGGUCUCGACCUGGAACUCGAAGACGAUCCCACCGACGACACGGCUCCAUCAACCUUUGCGCCGAUCCAAUCUCGCUACCCCACAUCCGAUGUGGUGCAGCCAGAAGAACCCAAGCGACUUGCACCCUUUUUCCCCGGUCCAGCAGAGGCAGCUUGGAACGGUAGCCAUGCCCAAGCAGCCGUAUCGCGAUGGAUGAGACCAAGGACCGAACAGCAAAAGGAGGAGGAUUGGUCGAGAUACAAACAGCAACUCACCCCCGCGGUCAAGAAGCGCCACCGCGAAGCAGCACGCAAACACAAGCGCAACUUCAACAGCCUCCCCCACCAGCCCAACGCACAAGCCAACACAGCACCAAGGCGCGUCUAG